AUGUCCGCCAAAGUCAAGACCGGCCAGCUCUGGAACAAGAGCAAAGACGACCUCACGAAGCAGCUCGAUGAGUUGAAGACUGAGUUGGGCCAGCUCCGUGUCCAGAAGAUCGCUGGAGGUUCCUCUUCGAAACUCACCAGAAUUCACGAUCUCCGCAAGUCCAUUGCAAAGGUCCUCACAGUCAUCAACGCCAACCAGCGCUCACAACUCCGCCUCUUCUACAAGAACAAGAAAUACCUCCCACUUGACCUCAGAGCAAAGAAGACCCGCGCCAUCCGACGACGACUCACCGCACACCAGGCCUCCCUCAAGACUGAGAAGCAGAAGAAGAAGGAGAUGCACUUCCCUCAGAGGAAAUAUGCCGUCAAGGUAUACCCCCUCCGCAAACGACACUCGUUGACAAUAAGUGAACGGAGAGCAAUGGAGAUACUAACAUCGCUUCUUACUCAGGCAUAA